UCAACUUGCUGGAUACAGAGUAGGUUGAAUUUUUCUUUGUCAAGUUUUUUUCAUAAUAUUUGUAAGAAAUUUUUUACAUCUGCCUUAAAUAAAUUUAAAUUUUGGUUAAUGGAUAAUAAAGUUUGUAUGUUCUUAAUACUUUUUUAAUCCAACGUAUAUAUUUUCUCUGGAUUGUGCUGGAUUUACAGCCCGAUUAAAUGUGACACGACAGCCAUUUUGAAUAUAUUGUUGCAAAUUUUUGCCCGUAGCAAAUUUAUCAAAAAAUUUGUAUCUGGUGAAUUACAAUUAGUAAUUUUUGUUUGUUAUUUACUCUAACGAGCGGAAAUGCCUCCCAAAAAUAAGACUAAGCGGAAUUGCAGACUGAGAGACAACGAGGGCAAAGCAUCAAGGUCAAAGAGGUCAAGACAAGAGCGACCAGCGGUAGCGAUAGAGGUUGACGAUAAUCAUACAGUUCAGGAACCAGGUCCUUCAGGAAGCAUCGCCGCCCAAGAGAAUGUAGUUGGUGCCAGAAAGUCAAACUCUACCCCACUGGCCCCAGCACCUGUGCCUGCUUUGGCAAUUGAAUCUCAAUCAGGUACAAGCAUUGGUUAUGAGAAUCAAUAUGUAGAUAGCAUUCAUUCACUAUUGGCUAGCAAUGUCUCUAACUCAUUGAAGUCUAAAAUCAUUAGUUCAGCAUACAUAGAGAUUAGUUUGUUGCUUGAUAACACUUCCCUGACAGAAUCUUCAGAGAAAAAAAUAUUUUUUAAUGAAAAAGGGGAGUUGGUCACAAGAGAGGUUGUUAAACCUAGCAAUAAGAUUCAAAAUAUCAGUAGAUGGACAGAUGCAUUCUUAGUUUACUCUAGCAUUUAUGCUUCGGCCCACCCAGAAUCUUAUCAGGGUUUGCUGAAAUAUUUACAUGACAUAAGACUCGGGGCAUCAAGAUGUGGGGAGGGGGAUUUGGGAUGGAAGAAAUAUGACGAGCAGUUUCGACUUCGCCGCAGUAUCGAUCCCACCAUAGAUUGGUCUAAAGUAGACUAUGAGUUAUGGUUGAUGUUUAUGUCAUCAUCCCCACAAUCUAAACUAACAAUUAAACCAAACAGCCCAGCCUACAACAAGUGCUAUAAUUUCAACUUCAAGGGUCAUUGUGACAGACCUUCUUGCCAGUACAUGCACAAGUGCAUUAAAUGUUCUGGGAGUCAUCCACAAUAUUUGUGCCCUCAAUCUAAUUAUGUUGGGAAGUCCACAAGUUACCCAAGGGUACAACUGCAGGGACAGCCUCAAGUUAGACCCCUUUUGUCACACCCAACCCAAACCCCAAGACCACAAAGGUAUAUGGGCCCUAGGAAAUUCCCCUAUUAA